AACAUGGCGGCUCCAUAUUAACUUCCCCCCUUCAGCAGCCCGCGCUGCCGCCGCUCUCCCCGGCUCCCCUUCUCCAAGCCCUGACAUGCCGGGCAUGAUGGAGAAGGGAGCGGAGCUCUUAGGGUGCAAGAACCGGGCAGCCCCCAACGGCACCAAGAGCAGCAGCCCUUCCAACGGGCACUACUCGGAGCCGGAGAGCGGCGGCGGUGACAGUGGCGACGAGCACGAUGUAGGAAUGAGGGUCGGAGCGGAAUACCAGGCGCGCAUUCCUGACUUCGAGCCCGGUGCCACAAAAUAUACUGAUAAAGAUAAUGGAGGGAUGCUUGUAUGGUCUCCAUAUCAUAAUAUUCCAGAUGCUAAGCUGGAUGAGUAUAUAGCAAUAGCAAAGGAAAAACAUGGAUACAAUGUGGAACAGGCUCUUGGCAUGUUGUUCUGGCAUAAACACAAUAUUGAGAAGUCCCUUGCGGAUCUCCCAAACUUCACUCCUUUCCCUGAUGAGUGGACAGUUGAAGAUAAAGUCCUAUUUGAACAAGCAUUCAGCUUCCAUGGAAAGAGCUUUCACAGGAUCCAGCAAAUGCUUCCAGACAAGACUAUUGCAAGCCUUGUAAAAUAUUACUAUUCUUGGAAAAAAACACGCUCCAGGACAAGUUUGAUGGAUCGACAGGCUCGAAAACUAGCUAAUAGAAAUAAUCAAGGUGAUAGUGAUGAUGACAUAGAAGAAGCUCAUCCAAUGGAUGGAAAUGAUAGUGAUUAUGAUCCCAAAAAAGAAGCCAAAAAGGAGGUAACGGAUAGCUUAAUGGGCAAUAAUGAGCAGCCUGUUCAGACCAGCAAAAUAGGUCUGGGUAGAAGAGAAUAUCAGAGCUUGCAGCAUCGCCACCAUUCUCAGCGUUCCAAAUGCCGUCCACCAAAAGGCAUGUACCUGACCCAGGAAGAUGUCAUAGCUGUUUCCUGUAGUCCCAAUGCAGCCAACACAAUUCUUAGACAGCUGGAUAUGGAACUAAUCUCGUUAAAGCGACAGGUUCAAAAUGCUAAGCAAGUAAACAGUGCACUUAAACAGAAAAUGGAAGGCGGGAUUGAAGAAUUCAAACCUCCUGAGUCUAAUCAGAAAAUCAAUGCCCGUUGGACCACAGAAGAGCAGCUUCUUGCAGUACAAGGUGUCCGAAAAUAUGGUAAAGAUUUUCAAGCUAUUGCAGAUGUUAUUGGCAACAAGACUGUUGGCCAAGUGAAGAACUUCUUUGUAAACUACAGGCGUCGGUUUAACUUAGAGGAGGUAUUGCAGGAAUGGGAAGCGGAACAAGGAACCCUGGCUUCUAAUGGUGAUGCUUCUGCUUUAGGGGAGGACACAAAAAAUACUUCUAAUGUGCCAUCAGGAAAGAGCACUGAUGAAGAAGAUGAGGCACAAAGCACCCCAGCCACUCAGUGUUUAGGCCCUUCACCUCCAGCGCAGGCAUCUGCUCCAGCACCUACCGCUCCCAUGGCAACUUUAAAUCAGCCGCCCCCGUUACUUCGCCCAGCGCUUCCUGCCGCUCCUGCUCUCCACCGGCAGCCUCCGCCCCUCCAACAGCAGGCGCGAUUUAUUCAGCCACGGCCGACUCUCAACCAGCCUCCGCCUCCACUCAUCCGCCCAGCUAAUUCCAUGCCUCCGCGUCUGAACCCACGGCCGGUGUUAACCACGGUCAGUGGCCAGCAGCCUCCUUCGCUAAUUGGAAUUCAGACAGAAUCUCAGUCCACUCUGCACUGAAGAAAGAAAGCUGAAUUAUGCUAACUCCUACGUUUGCAAAAUUGUAUCAAGGUACUUUUGUUUUUUCCCCCGAGUAAUGAAGGGGAGAAAAGAGCAAGUCUUUCCAGGUAUCAGAUCAGUCCUACAGAGGAGCAAGCUAAUAACUAGAAACGGAACCAUGUGAAUGACCACCUGUAUAAAAGUAUUUUUAUGUCAAAGACUUGUACAGCAGAACAAUACAGCCCUCCUCUAUAUAAAUAACUGUUGAAGGAAGCUAACUUCUGAAAUGAAUAAAUGUUCAACACACCAAGAUUUUUGUUUAACUGAUUUUUACUCUAUUUAUUUUAUUAAAGUUCUUUAUAGUCAAGCAUCUAACUACAGGAGAGUAGUCUGGCAAAUCUAGGAAUAGAUAAUGUUGUAGAAGACCUAAAUGUAGCAUUAGGGUUGGGGUUUUUUUUUUGUGUGUGUGAAUUUUUAGUUUGUGGGGUUUUUUUUUUUACUUUUUAGUGAAAAAAAAAUAAUGGCCUUAGGUUCAGAAGUUUUAGCCCUGUUUAGGUAACAGUAGAAGCAUUUCAUGCACUUGUAAAAUGUAGAUGUUUCUUCUCUUCAUGUGUUUUUUCCCAGAAGAAUUUUCUUGUGUAAAAAGGUACUGUCUUAUUAAGUACUCCUCUGAAAGGGUAGUCUGAAGACUCAGUGAGCUAUUGUACCAAACUUACUAAUAGAAUCUUGUUCUACUCCUGAAGGUUAAUUGAAAACAGGAAUGCAGUUUCCUGCUGCAGUGUCUCUUCUGGCCUGGGGUGGAGAGAGGCAGAAACUGUACCACCCAGGAGGAUGACAGAAGAGGAACCAUGUAGCAAGAAGCAUUAAUUUAAUUUGUUAUUCCACUAAUUCUUCUAAAUUUAAGUACAGCAGAAUUUCAUUCCUCUGAGAAUGGCCAGCUGCAGUUUGUGUAUGUUAAAUUAUUGAUACCUUGCUUAAGAAUUGGUGA